CAAACAAGUCUAGUAAACUAUAAAUCCACGACUUCCUAGAAUUUUGGUUUAAUAUCGGCGGAUCCAGAAAAAUGUAAAUAAAAGAUAGAACAUAAACUUCGGCAAAAGGAAAGUCUGCAUAGACGGGAUUUUGAUUCUUUUGUUAUUGGUUUUCAUUUUGCAAAUUAAUUAUUAUGUAUAUUAAUAACAAAGUAUAAAAAAUGACUUUAGCACACCGGGCCCUCUUUACAUGGUUUAUCAUAUUGCUUUUUCUUAUUUUACUAUGCCUGAGACUGGACCCACGUACUCACUGGAACUGGUUCAUUGUCUUCAUACCACUGUGGCUCUUCGAUGCCAUACUCUUAAUUUAUGUGAUCAUAAAAAUCGUCACCAAAUGGAGGAACUUGAAGCGCCUCAAGGAGCUGCUAAUUUCUUACCAAUGGUACAUUGCGGGAGUGUUGCUGAAAAUUGCAUCUCAAGUCAUGAUUUGCUUGAAACUUGAGUAUACCCAACUUGAACUAUCAAUAUUCACGACUAUGAUACCGAUAUGGAUACUACUUCCUUCCACGACGGUCUAUGUUUUCGUGAGCAUGCAGCGAAGUAAGAACAUACAUAUUCUUUGUAGACACUCUUUAUUUAAUUUCUAA